GACAUCUUCACCAACACGCGCCAGCCCUGGCACCCGCCCGGGGCGCGCGGCAUCUUUGGCGGCGCCGUCAUUGCCCAGUCCCUGUCGGCGGCCCAGCGCACCGUGCCGGACCCCGCGCCCGGCGAGGCCCCGUUCUUCAUCCACUCGUGCCACUGCUACUUCUUGCUCGCCGGCAGCUCCGAGAUUCCCAUCCUGUUCCACGUCGAGCGCGUGCGCGACGGCCGCAGCUUCGCCACGCGCACCGUCCAGGCCCGCCAGCGCGGCCGCUGCAUCUUCACCGUCACGGCCAGCUUUGUGCGCGAGGGUGCCGGCGGCGUGAAGCAGGCCCGCCACGCCGUACCGCUGCCCGCCGGCGUCCGCCCGCCCGCCGACGACGAGCCUGCCGACCAGGAGGCCUGGAUCGCGCGGGGGCCCUUUGAGAGCCGGAGCAUUGAGAUUGUCGGCGGCGACGACGGCGAGGAGGCUGACCAUGGCAGGAGCGGACAGGGCAAGGUCGCCCAGCCCGGCGACGAGCACAGGAUGCGCUGCCGCGUCUGGAACCGGGCGCGCGGCACCAUCAGCGCUGCCGGCGGGCACGCCGCCCACCUCAACGCCCUCGCCUACAUGUCGGACAGCUACUUCAUCGGCACCGUGUCGCGCGUGCACCGGCUCUGGCGCUUCCCCUUUGCGCCGUCCGAAGUCGCCGACCUCGACCCGGCACUGCGCGCCCACGUCGAGCGCUCGAACCGCGUCGACGGCCUCGGCGACGGGCCCGACGACUGGGCUGCCCACCCGACCCUCGGCAUGCUCGUCAGUCUCGACCACUCCAUCUACUUUCACGACCCGCGCCGCGUGCGCGCCGACGAGUGGAUGUUCUCCGAGAUGGACACGCCCUGGGCUGGUGACGGCCGCGGUGUCGUCCUGCAGCGCAUCUUUGCCGCCGACGGCACCCUGCUUGCCACCUGCGUCCAGGAGGGGCUCGUGCGACUGACGCAAAAGGAUGUUGACGGCGCGGCGCCGGAUGGGGCCACGGCCAAGGACGCGGGCAAGGCAAAGCUGUGA